AUGGGGCGGUGGGUUAGACUGAGUUGCCUGGUUCUGGUGGCCCUGCUCUCUGGGCUGGUGUUUGCUGUCUCCAGCCAGCAGGUCCUGGCCAGGAACCGGCGUCAGUGGGACCAUUGGAGGAGUGGAUCUCAGCAUUGGUCUGGUUGGGGGUCCGGUAGGCAUUAUGGUGGGGUGGUUGGUCAGCCCAGGCAGCUGCAGACCUCUGGAGAGCAUCCUAUCAGUGUGCGGUGUAUGGAGGACAGGAUGGAGGUGUCUGUGAACAGGGAUCUGUAUAGAAUUGGGAGGCUGGUGAAAGCCUCCGAUUUGAGCCUUGGACCCAGACUAUGUAAACCCAACUCUGAGAGCACAGGGACUACAGUGAUCUUCCAGUAUGGGCUGCAGGAGUGCGGCAACACCUUACAGAUGACCCCUGAAUUCCUGGUCUACAGCACAAACUUGACCUACAGCCCGACUCCUUCUUUGAACUCUCCUAUCAUCCGGACUAACUCUGCUGUAGUUCCCAUCCAGUGCUACUACCCCAGGCAUGGCAAUGUGAGCAGCAACGCCAUCAAGCCAACAUGGAUGCCCUUCAGCUCCACUGUAUCAGCAGAGGAACGUCUGUCUUUCUCCUUGCGACUGAUGAAUGAGGGCUGGACUGCCCCAAGAACCUCUACAGUCUUCAAGCUAGGUGACGUAUUCCACAUAGAAGCUUCUGUUGCUGUUGGGAACCACGUGCCUAUGAAGAUCUUUGUUGACAGAUGCAUAGCCACAUUAUCCCCUGAUGGCUCCUCCGGUCCCCGUUAUGAGAUCAUUGAUUUCUAUGGGUGUUUGUUGGAUGGCAGAGAGGAGGAUUCAUCCUCUGCCUUCCGAUCCCCGAGACCCCGUCCAGACACGCUCCAGUUCAUGGUGGAUGCUUUCAGGUUUACUGGGACUGAUACCUCUGUGAUCUACGUUACCUGUAAUCUGAGAGCUGCUGCAGAAAACCAGGCUCCAGAUCAACUAAACAAGGCCUGUUCCUACAGCAAAUCCACCAACAGCUGGUCAGAACUUGAAGGACCCAGUGAUAUCUGCAGAUGCUGUGGGACUGGCAACUGUGCCGCGACAGUUCUACCAGGAUCCCAGUUCAGUAGAUAUGGGAGACGCUGGAAAAGAGAAGCUGUUCACAUAGGUGCCCUUUCAGAGCAAGAACACGAACUGGCCACACUGGGUCCACUGCUGGUGAUUGGAGCAGAUCGUACUCAAGCUCUUGCGUCAACUCAAGAAGCUGUGCAGGUGGAGUUCUGGGUUUUGGUGGCAGUUGGCUCCCUGAGUCUCGGUAGUCUCAUGAUUGUUGUUGGGAAGUUCAUAAUUGCAAAGCAAUUGUCUGUGAAAUCAGAGCCUGAAUAA